UUGGAGGAGAGCAGAAGAUGUGGCUUGUUUGCCUCUUGUGGAUUGCCCCUGUGCUAGGAUCCAGGCCUCGCGUUGAAGAUUUCCCCCCCCGAAUCGUUGAGCACCCGUCCGAUCACAUCGUCUCCAAGGGGGAACCGGCCACCCUGAACUGUAAAGCCGAGGGCCGGCCGACCCCCAUCAUCGAGUGGUAUAAGGACGGGGAGAGGGUAGAGACGGACAAGGACGACCCGCGCUCCCACCGCAUGCUCCUGCCCAGCGGCUCCCUCUUCUUCCUGCGCAUCGUUCACGGCCGGCGGAGUAAACCCGACGAAGGCGUCUAUGUCUGCGUGGCCAGAAACUACCUGGGGGAAUCCGUCAGCCGAAACGCAUCGCUGGAGGUGGCAAUUUUGCGGGAUGAUUUCCGCCAGGCUCCGAGCGACGUGGUCGUGGCGGCAGGAGAACCGGCUGUCAUGGAAUGCAUCCCGCCGCGGGGCCACCCCGAGCCCACCAUAUCCUGGAAGAAAGACAGCGGUCGCAUCAGCGAUAAGGACGAGCGGAUCACGAUCCGAGGAGGAAAAUUAAUGAUUUCCAACAGCAAGAAGAGCGACGCGGGGAUGUACGUGUGCGUGGCCACCAACAUGGUGGGCGAGCGGGACAGCGAGCAUGCGCAGCUCAUAGUCUUUGAGCGGCCGAGCUUUGUGAGAAGACCCAUCAAUCAGGUGGUCCUGGCCGACGACGUGGUGGACUUUUACUGCGAGGUGCAGGGAGACCCGGCUCCCACCGUGCGCUGGCGCAAAGAGGAGGGGGAGUUACCCCGCGGGAGGUAUGAAAUCCGCAAUGACAACACGCUAAGGAUUACCCGAGUGAGUGCGGAGGACGAGGGGACGUACACGUGUGUCACCGAGAACCGCGUCGGCAAAUCAGAGGCCUCGGGAAGCCUUGGAGUCCAUGUCCCCCCCCAGCUGGUGACGCGUCCCCGGGACCAGAUCGUGGCGCGAGGUCGCACGGUGACCUUUCAGUGUGAAACGAAGGGGAAUCCUCCGCCCGCCGUCUUUUGGCAGAAGGAAGGAAGUCAGAUCUUGCUGUUUCCGAGUCAGCCUCCCCAGACCGUGGGCAGAUUCUCGGUGUCUCCGAGCGGUGAGCUGACCGUCAUCGAUGUCCAGACGGGUGACUCGGGCUACUACAUGUGCCAGGCCAUUAGCGUGGCCGGGAGCAUCCUGGCCAAAGCUCUUCUGGAAGUGGAGGACGCGACGUCCGACCGAAUCCCGCCGAUCAUUCGCCGUGGCCCAGCCAAUCAAACUGUGGCAGUGGACUCGGUGGCGCAGAUGCAGUGCCACGUCUCCGGCAACCCUCUCCCCAGCAUCAAUUGGCUGAAAGACGGGCAGCGAAUUGCAGGAAGUGACCCCAGAAUCGGUAUCCAGGACAACGGCACCUUGCAGAUCACCCAUCUCCAGGUGUCGGAUUCGGGGCUGUAUACCUGCGUAGCCACGAGUUCCACCGGGGAGACGACGUGGAGCGGCUUCCUGGAAGUCCAAGAGAAAGGCUCCUCGGGACACGUGCAGCUCUCCGAACCCAACCUCGUUCCCGGAUCCCCGUCCAAACCGCUCGUCACCAACGUCACCAAGAGCAGCGUCACGCUAACAUGGCAGCCGAGCGCGCAGGGGGGCAGCGCGCAGGGGGGCAGCGCGCAGGUCUCCUCCUACAUCAUCGAAGCGUUCAGCCAGUCGUCGGGGGGCACGUGGCAGACGGUGGCAGACAACGUUAAGGUGGAGAAGCACACGGUGAUCGGGUUAAACCCCAACACAGUCUACCUGUUCAUUAUCCGCGCAAUGAAUUCAUUUGGAUUGAGUGACCCCAGCCCGAUAUCCGAGCCGGUCCGGACCCAAGAUGUGAGUCCCACCAGGCAAGGCGUUGACCAUCGCCAGGUCCAGCGCGAACUCGGGGAAGUCGUCGUCCAGCUUCAGAAGCCACUUAUUCUCACGUCCUCCACGGUCCAGGUGACUUGGACGGUGGAUCGUCCGGCUCAGUUUAUCCAGGGGUACCGGGUUAUGUAUCGGCCCAAAUCCAGCGUCUGGGUCGUUCAGGACGUGAAGUCUCCCUCGGAGCGCCGGGUCAUUCUUGUGGAUCUGAAGAAAGGGACGGAGUAUGAGAUCAAGAUCCGGCCGUACUUCGACGAGUUUCAGGGCAUGGACAGUGAGGCGCUUGCCGUCCGGACGCCCGAAGAAGUUCCGAGUGCCCCGCCUCAGUCUGUCGCUGUGGUAACCGUGGGAACCAAUAACAGCACCAAUAUUAGCAUAUCAUGGGAACCGCCUCCAGUGGAACAUCAGAACGGGAUUAUCCAGGAUUACCGGAUUUGGUGUUUGGGGAAUGAAACGAAGUAUCAUAUAAACCAGACGGUGGACGGCGCGAUGCACUCCGCGGUCAUUCGGGGGCUCGUUCCAGGGAUCCCCUACCGCGUGGAGGUCGCAGCAGCAACAAGCGCGGGUUUUGGGGUGAAGAGUCAGCCAAUCACCAUUCAGAUCAAGCCCUUGUCGGAGCAGAUUCCUAUUAAUAACGGGGAAAACGUCAGCCUGACGGAACAGAUCACAGAUGUCGUCAAGCAGCCGGCAUUCAUUGCAGGCAUUGGCGGCGCAUGCUGGGUAAUCCUAAUGUGCUUCAGCGUCUGGAUCUACUGCCGGAGGAAGAAGCGCAAAGAACUGAGUCAUUACACGGCCUCGUUUGCGUACACCCCCGCAGUUUCGUUUCCGCACACAGAGGGCGCCAGUCACAUUACCCCACGGCCUGGCCUGCUGGCAACCAGCGCUUCCAACUAUCCCUGGCUCGCCGAUUCCUGGCCAGCGACCAACUUACUGAGAAACGGGAAACCGAAAGACCUGGCCGCUGCCUGCUGUCCCGGAAACCUCACAGCCUCGGAAAGAUACUAUAACGAUGCCGGGAUUUCUAAUUACAUCGCUCAGACAGAGAAGUUUGGGACGGGGGUUUCAGAUGGCCCCAUUUACAGCACCAUUGACCCCGCCAGUGAUGAUAUGAGAACAUUUAACAGCGCUUUCUCCCAGCAUACUACCCCAUAUGCCACAACACCCGUUGUACCCUAUGGCGGACAAAGCCUCCGCUCACCGGAGGAGGAAGACAAUCAGUGGCCCGUCCAGCCCGGUACCUCCGGGAUCCUCUACGCCCAACCGGAUCGCAGCAAAGCCGAAAACGUUUCUAAAAAGCAGAAAUCUAUUGGCAAACCAGUACAAACCCCUUCCCUAAACUGGACGGAGAUUCUGCCCCCGCCGCCUCCUGAGCUGAGCCAGUACCAGGACGACGAUACAGACAUGGAAAUGACCUCAGACACAGAGGAGUGGUGUCCUCCGCUGCCAGAAAGGACAUACCUGAUGGAUAAUAUCCCGGAGGGCUGCCCGUCCCCGCCGCCCCGCUGUGACGCUACGUCCCCGGCUCACUCCUACGGCCAGCAGUCUACGGCCACCCUGACACCGUCACCCCGGGAUGACGUGACUCCAUCGGAGGACAUCCCUCGACUGCAUCAGUUUGACGCUCCCCAUCAGGCCAGGAAGUUGCCCGGCGGAUCUGUUCCCAGGGCCCCAAGUCCCCCUCUGACUCAGUCCAACCCCAGUCUCCAUACUGGGCUGGAAGGGGGAGAGAACCUGCGCCUCGGACAUCGACGGAACCUGAGUCAGAACCCGGCGCUGAGUUCAGAGAACGUCAGUUUCCAAAACGCAGGGAAGCCCCCGAACGUGUUGGGGGAGAGCAUCUGCACCCCGCCGGGGCAGAAAUCCCGCGGGAAGAAGAAAUCCAAGUCGGGCCACUAUCGCCGGGAAGCCAAGCAAGGAGAUCUACCUCCGCCUCCAGAGCCUCCCCCUGCCCUCGAGGAGCCCGGGUCUCCCCACAGCAAUGGGCCCCGGGGGGAAUGCGCCGCCUCCUCUCUGGAAAGAGACACAAGUGGCAGCUCUUCAGUGGAGAGGAGAAACGGGGGGCUCCAGCGCUGGGGAGCCGGAAGCCAUCAGCCGCCACACAGGGAUGAUGAAGACGUUCUCCCGUAUAAUAAGCCCAGCUUCCUGUCCCGGAGUCAGAUGUCCAGUAAUUGUUCCACAGCAGGAAGCAGCUCCUCCCGAGGAUCCGCGGGGUCGCGGGGUCACCCGUCUGGAAGGAGUAAACCAGGGAAAGAGGAUAAGAGAUGAAGAAACUGCGGCCGUGAAACCCCCGGACUGCUCUCUGCCGCCGCGGCUCCGCUCCGGACGAGCCGUUCGUGAAAAGACACUUUAAACAUUUUCCAUUUAUUUUCCAUGAGUUGCUUAUUUAUGACGUUUUUUGGACACUUUUUCCCGGUUUGAUGUAAAUACGCCACGUCCGGACCCCAGGAAAUAUAUUUAUAAAAGCAAGUUGUACUUUAAAAUGUU